UCCAAAAUGGCGUCCUGGGUUUCAGCUUAGGACAGUGAAGAGAUGAAUUACUCACUCAUCACAGCCUUGUUUGAUCAUUGUUAAUUGCUGGCUUUCGAACUACCAUGCCUAGACGAAAGCUUUUACAAGUUGCUGCAGAUUCAUCAGAUGACUCUGAUGUUGAGGUGGAUGUAGUAGAGAUUUCUGAUGGUGGCAGCAAUCCAGCCAGGGGUCCUUUUCCUAGUAAAGGACCAUCAUCAUCUCCUCAGAAAAAUCAGACAGCAUCAAAAGGAAAACGAAGAUCUACCAGGCUCAGUGCAGGAAAUGUUUCAGAAGAUAACAAACAAGGUUGCAUUGUUUGUAAUAGCCUUCACAAUGAAGAUGAUAUCCUGCAAUGUUUAAAUUGCAGCACUCUGGGGCACAGAUCUUGUUUGUCUCUUGCCAAUGAAAACUGUCCAAGAUUAGACAGUUCCUUGUGGCAUUGUAGAGCUUGUAAAACUUGUUAUGUGUGCAAGAUGGUUGAAUGCGAGAUGGAGCUGGAGACCUGCGAAAGCUGUGAUAGAGCGUUCCACUCGGCAUGCAUUCCCCACUCACAAUCAGUAAUCAAGCAAUCCCUUCCCACAAUUUGUCCUGAGUGUGAAUCACUGAACAAUCCAGAUGAUUGUGUUGUGCUGCUACCAGACACACAGACCCCAGAUGUUAAAAGGAAGCGAGGGAGACCAAGGAAGAUUCAUAUGUUGGAAAAACCUUUCAUUGAAAACAAAGUAGAAAGCUUCCCAUUGACCCCUUCUGCAACAGUUGGAGAUGAUACUAAAGAAAGAAGGUCAGCGAAGAGAGUGAAGAAAUGUCCAACAUCUGGAUGUGAUGGGCUUGGUCACAUGACAGGAAAAUUUGAAAUGCAUCACACUUUAUCUGGUUGUCCAAAAUAUCAUAAUAUGACACCACAAGAAUGCAAGGAGAGGGCAGAUGAAAAGAAAAAGGAACUGGCAGUUUCUCCAGACUCUAAAAAAUUGAAAACCAGCACUUCACCUGAAGAGAAUCAGCCACCCAAAAAGACAUUAAGAAACAAAGUACAACUGUCCUUUAUGCCAGAAAAGAUCCGUGUGGCUGUAACAAGCAAAGAAAUUACACCAGAAGAGCUAGGUUUGCAAAAAAGUUCUGGGAGAAAAAUUAGUACAUUGUCCAGCAAAAACCAUCUUGACAUUUCAAGAUAUCCUUGUGAAAAAGAAGUAAGUGGUAAGGCAAUAAUUGAUCAGCUAGACCAAGAGACUCUGAAAGAAAUAGCAUCAGAAGGUGAUUUAAAGUUGUUCAAAGAAGCUUGGACAAAGGCAUUAGAGGCUAAUGAAGAGGAAGUUCUACCUUUGAAUGGCAGGUCUGGAAGCCGCUGUAUUGAGUUUGGCUCAUAUGAAGUUGAUACCUGGUACUCUUCACCUUUUCCAGAAGAAUUCCAGAGAUUACGUAAAAUAUACAUCUGUGAAUUCUGUCUAAAAUAUAUGAGGAGCAGAACAGUUCUAAGACGACAUGUGGCUAAAUGCAACAUUAGACAUCCACCUGGAAUUGAAAUAUAUCGAAAGAAUGACCUCUCAAUAUUUGAAGUUGAUGGAAAAAACCACAAGGUGUACUGUCAAAACUUAUGUCUUUUGGCCAAGUUAUUUCUUAAUCACAAGACCCUGUACUAUGAUGUGGAACCUUUUCUGUUUUAUGUCAUGACAGCUGUAGACUCUGUUGGUUGUCAUAUGAUUGGUUACUUUUCAAAGGAGAAGAAGUCCUUUCUGAACUACAAUGUCUCCUGUAUACUUACUUUACCAAUGUACAUGAAACAGGGGUAUGGAAAAAUGCUCAUAGAUUUCAGUUAUCUUCUAUCGAAAGUGGAAGGGAAGGUUGGGUCUCCAGAAAAGCCUCUAUCAGAUCUUGGACUUAUUAGUUACCGCAGUUACUGGAAAAGCAUACUGCUUAAAUACUUGAAGAAUUUUGGAUUUGACAGGAUAUCUAUCAAAGAUAUCAGCCAAGAGACAGCAUUGCAUCCAAGUGACGUUAUAAGUACCUUGCAAUAUAUGGGUAUUCUGAAGUACUGGAAAGGAAAGCAUGUCAUCCUUCGUGCUACGGAUCUGUUUGAUGAUUAUGAGAGAAAGGCUUUAACCCGGCCUGCCAGCUACCAAGAAAUCGAUCCUGCGUGCCUGUCAUGGGCACCAAAAACCUCAGAAGAUACAAAAAUGUAAUAUUUCAGUUGUAGUUAAUGAUUUGUUUUGUUUUUCCAUUUACUUAUCAUACACAUUCUUAUCUGUGAAGUGAGUCGAUAAAUUUCGCAUUUUUAGAGUAAAUUGCUACAACUAAAAAUGCAUCCCAGGGCUUGACACUAACUUUUCAACUUACUAGCCAAGUGGCUAGUUACGUCUUUGAUGUUACGACAAUUUCAGUUUUUUUACUAGCCAAACUGGCUAGUGGAAAUCGAAAAC